AUGUGUAUCACUUGCAUUCAUGCUCUCGUUCUGGGGCUAUUGACUCCAGCUCACAGAAAAAUUCUUUGUCAGCGUGGUUUGCGGUCAUUUUACACCUCAGAUGCAGACAGCCGAUUUCUUCUCAGGUCACAUCUGAAUACUGUUGCCUUUGAGGCGUCCUUGUUUUUGGAAAUGGUGAGAUUGCAGGAGUAUUUUUUAUACCCGAUAAGAUGA